AUGGAAAAUUCAAGCUCCUGGUCUGACUCUCCUAUUUCAGAAGUAGAAUAUUCAAGUGACAAACAUCCUGUUACUGAAACGUCAGUAACAGGAUGUUACAUGAAUGAGCCUGAAUACUCCAAAGCAGAACUUGAAAAAGAGACUUAUAAAUCUAGUGAUAGCGAAGAAGACGAAUUGAAUUCAAGCAGACUUGAAAAUUUGCAUUGGUGUACUUGUACAUGUUGCGUUAUUUAUAAUUGCUUCACUCUUGUGGAAUGCAAGUGUUGCCAAGAAUUUUUCAAUUUAUUGAACGACAAGUUGAAAGAUAACGAGUGCAUCACGAUGCACAAGGAUUUUGAAAUGUUAUGUUUAAACCGCACAGUGUUAGAAACAGCCAGCAUACGACAUCGACGAUAUCAGAAAAAAUAUAACGAACUCUCCACAUAUACUAAUAAGCUUGGAAAAGGAUGUCGCGUGGUGAUUCCAGCUUGUGUUGUGCGGAAAAUAAUGGAAGAAUUUCCUGAUUCAGAUGGAAAAUAUACUGGAUUCAAAGAAUUUGUUGACAUAUAA